GCAGCUCACCGUCCUCGCUGAGAACGCAACUCACAUUACACCUCCUCUUUCCCGGGUAGGAAUGAGACCUAUGUUUGCGGAGCUGGGAUGACCUCAAUAUUUUGAACCGUGUUGCUUGUUUUAGUGGUGGCUAGGGUCCUCUCUCACUCACUCACUCACUCACUCGCACACUCACACACACACGCGCACACACAUACACACACAAACAAAACACCACACAUCAUAUUUGCCGUUUGUAAACCAGCGAACAGCGCAGACAGGGUUUUCUCUGCAGAAGGCUGUCUUGCAGACUACACUCGAGAAGAGUUACGGAGUGGAGUGUACGUUUUGGACCCCCUACGACUUUGGUGUAUAGAAAAUACAUUCUAAAAAGAGGAGCAGUGCAAUCAGUAGUGAAUCUCGGAUAUGGCGGGGUUGAAAAUAUUCAACCUUGUUGUUGGAGUUGUUUUAGUUUUGCAGUCUCUUGGAAAUGCGUUUCACGUGCCUGGAGGGGACCUGACAAACGGGGUCUCCUACUCCUACCUGCAGGGGCAGCCACUGGCUGAGGAGGACGUGGCAGUGGAUGUGAAGUUGUACAGUCACCGGUGGAGGAGGUGGCUGUCCCCAGAACAACCACGUAACAUGGACAAUAACAGGGCCAGCCAGGACCAGGAUCAGCAGGACCAAGACCAGAGUCAAGACCAGCCUGAGGGGAACUUCCCAGGCCUGCUCUCAGCAGAGGACAGCCAGGACACUGACAACAGUUCCCAGAUAGAGGAGGACACAGAUCACAACUACUACACAUCAAAGACCUACGGCCCCACGGACCCCAUGAGCAAGGACUUGUGGGUAAACGUUGACCAGAUGGACAAGGAGAAGGUGAAGAUCCAUGGCAUUUUGUCCAACACUCACAGGCAAGCUGCGAGAGUCAAUCUAUCCUUCGAUUUCCCCUUUUAUGGACAUUUUCUGCGCGAUCUCACCGUGGCAACUGGUGGGUUUAUCUACACGGGUGAUGUGGUCCACAGGAUGCUGACGGCCACCCAGUACAUCGCCCCCCUCAUGGCCAACUUUGAUCCCAGUGUCUCCAGGAACUCAACCGUCAUCUACUUUGACAAUGGCACUGCGCUGGUAGUCCAGUGGGACCAUGUCCACCUGCAGGACAGCUACAACCUGGGCAGCUUCACCUUCCAGGCCACACUGCACAGCGACGGCAGGAUCGUCUUCGCCUACAAAGAGAUCCCCAUCGAGGUGGCCCAGAUCAGCUCUGUCAAUCACCCGGUGAAGGUGGGCCUCUCCGAUGCCUUUGUGGUGGUCCACAGGAUCCAACAGAUUCCCAAUGUUCGUAGGAGAACGAUCUAUGAGUACCAUCGCGUGGAGCUGACGAAGACCAAAAUCACCAACUCCACAGCAGUGGAAAUGAUGCCUCUACCGACAUGUCUCCAGUUCACCAGCUGUAGCAGCUGCAUCUCCUCCCAGAUCAACUUCAACUGCAGCUGGUGCCACCGCCUUCGCAGGUGUUCCAGUGGGUUCGACCGCCAUCGGCAGGACUGGGUGGAUAACAGCUGUCCUGAUGAGACCAAGGACAAAAGCUGUGAUAUCAUCAACACCACACAACUCUAUCCGUUCACCACCACGUUAGUUGCCAAGACAACAGGCCGGAGCAGAGGAGAGACCACCACAGCCGGAGCCUCUUUGUCUACGUCCCUCUCCCCGACCAGCGUCCCCACUGAAGAUGACACCAAGAUUGCUCUGCAUCUCAAAGACAAUGGAGCGAUGCCAAAGGAGAGUUCUGCAGAGCGGAAGGGCACACACCCCCUGCACACUGGACUGAUCCUGGGCAUCCUCAUGGUCAUGCUCAUCAUGGCUGCCACAGUCCUGGUCACCGUCUACAUCUACCAUCACCCCACCUCGGCCGCAAGCCUAUUCUUCAUCGAGAGACGUCCCAGCAGGUGGCCGGCCAUGAAGUUCCGCCGAGGGUCCGGUCACCCGGCCUAUGCGGAGGUGGAGCCUGUGGGCCAGGAGAAAGAGGGCUUCAUCGAGUCUGAGCAGUGCUAAAGGGAAUCCCCCCCACCACACACACACACACAAACACCCCCCGCCGUGCCGCUCUCCCCCUUCCCGUAUUGCCCCCCUUGCGCCCGCUCCACAGGGACUGACACACCAGUAUUGCCCCAGAAACAGGCCUUCCGAAUCUGCCGUACCCAUGGCGACUGAUUGACGCUGGUCUCUUGUUUUGUUGAUUAAAACACUCACUGUCAAGAUUGUAAACUUAAAUUAGAAAAUUGUGGAGGUGUUAAUUUGAAACCCCACACUCUUGCUGGUUGUCGAAGAGUGGGCCUUGUGUUUGGUGGACUACCAUGGUGGACUACCACCUUCAACCCUGGCUUGUCCAACAGAGAGCUGAUCUGAGAGCUAAGGGAGGGUCACUGCCAGAGGGACUGUGCUGUAGGAAAACCUUGAAAACUGAUCUCAAGUCAGCUCUUCGUCCAAGUCCUCAAAGUCUCACACUCAUGCUGGUUGAAGUGACUGACUGAUUGACUUGUUGGGGACAGAGGGAAAGUAGCCCCGUUUAUACCUGGUGCUAACAUGCGUCCUUUGUCCUGAUCUUGUCCACAUUUUGAUUGUUCCAACAUUUUAAGACGGGUGUAGAUGAUUAAGAUUAACCAUUUAAAUCAUCAUAAUACUGACCUUUAAAAUCAUUGACAUGUAUCAAAAUUGACUUAGGGCAUCAGUAACUGUCUUAAAACAAAUAAAUCCAUAUUAUUUUAAAAUAUAUCUGUCAAAUAAUUUGCAUACAAGGAGGCAUGAGCUCAUCUGGUCACAAUGCGGGCACAGUGGACGGAUAAGAGACACAUUUUAAUACUAUGUGUAGAGGCGAAAAAACCUUGAUCAGAUAGUGAUUGGAUCAUAUUGAUCAGAUCACGAAACUCACAUGUUAGCACAAGGUGUAAACGAGGCUAUUGAGUGGGUUGUACAGAGUAACUGCACUACACUGUGCUGGUGUGUGAUACAUUGGGGGAGUAGGUGGAAUUAUACAAUAUAUUUUUCAGAAACAAUACUGAGUAUGUGAACAGAGAUCUUGACUUUAAACGUUGGUGAGGUUAUAUAGACUUUACAUCCUUUUGGGAUUUUGCUAAUGUACUUUUUUUGUAUUUUGUUUUCUGUUGCUUUUUUUACUUGGGUUUUCUUAUUCCUAAUCAGUGUGGGGGUUUUGUCUUGCUUCCCACUACCAUAAUAAGGCUUCUUUGCCAUAGCUUUUACGCCAUAGUGUGGUUCAAUAGUGUGAUAUGCUCUUGCUACUGCCACUCAUCCUACCCAGGAGUAGCAGUCUGCAAGUCUGGAAAUGUUCAGCUCUGUCAUUUUUGCUCAGCUCUGUCAUCUAUUCUUUUUUUUUUUUUUUUGUCAAAGAUUGUGUGGUUUUUGCUUACUGAGAAAACCUCUGUUUUCCACGAUGGGGUGACGGGCACACUCUUCUCUCCUCGUUGGUUUGAUAGCUCCCUUAUUAACAUAUGUUGUUGUUGUUUUGUUUGUCUUUACAGGGAUUUCAGUACUGCCGUGCCAUUAUUUCCUUGACUGGAGUCUGCUCAAACAUUUUUUGCACAAAAGUUUUUCCAUGCACAUAUAUCUUUAGUUCCUUUGACUUGUGGUACUAAUGCAAAAUUGCAAGACAGGCGCUUGUGAGUGUGUGUGGUUGUGUGUAUGCAUGGUCUAUAUGUGAGUGAGUGAGUGUUUGUGUGCUUAGAUAUCCACCUGCUUGAAGGUGGGUCAGUUGGAGCUGGUUCUGUGUAAUUGAUGCUGAUUGGUUGACCUGAGGUACAUUAACAAGAUGUUAUGAGACGUGUUGGCGAUACAUUAAAAAACAUACCUGGCUUGAGUUUGCCUGGGUUUUGAAUUGUGGUAUGCAGUGUGGUUUUCAAUAGCAGUUUGACCUGCUGCUGUUUCGACCUGAAGAAGAAUCUAAAUUGUACAGGACUGGAGGAUUCGUGUUAUAUGGAGUGAGACAUCUGCCAAAAGGUUAAACGAACGUAAUGUUAGAGAUCUCCAAAAAUGUACUUUUGACUCUAACUCCAUACUGUGCCAAGUCAAUAUAAAUGGAUGACUAGUACUGGUACAUGUCAUUUAACCCUAGCAUAGCAAUGUAUAUACAUGGGUCUACACCUUUGUAGAUUGGCUCUCAAAACAUUUGCAGAUCCGGGUUAUUAAUGAAAAAGCAUACAUAUGAUAUAUUAGAUUACUAUUUUGUUUUUGAGUGGCCUUUUCUUCUCAAUUUUUUUUCUUUCUUUUUUUCUCCCAAAUGUGAAUUAAUGUAUCAAUCAUUGCAUAACUGCUGUUGCUGAUCGAUAUAACGGACAAGGCUUUCAUACAUUGAUCAAAUCAAACAAAAUUAUGAUUUCUGUUUCUUCAUACUUAUGAUUUGUAUACUGUACCAAGACUGACCGAACAAAUACAAUGAAAUGUAUUUCACCAUCAA